AUGCAGGAUGGCGACAAUGAUCUCUUACAGUGGGACGUCGCCCUGUCACUGCUGCAGCAGCUGGGAGAGGCGAGUCUGCGAACAAACACCAUCUGCUUUGGAGCUGCAGCCAGCGCUUGUGUGCGUCGUGGAAGCUGGCAAGCUGGACUUAACAUCCUGGACUGGAUGUUGUGUGAGAACGCAUCUCCUGACACAACAAGCUGCAGCUCAUUGAUCAGUGCAUGUGACAACUCUGGCGAAUGGGCCCUGGCGUGGUGUUUGUUAGCACGCAUGUGCGCGAAUGGCUCCAGAAGGGACGUGAUCGCCUACAACGCGGCCGUCAGCGCAUGUGAAAAGAGUUUGCAGUGGACGAGAGCUGUUGAACUCGUUGCCUGCAUGGGCAGCGAUGGGGUCCAAGCAUCCUCUUCGACUUUCAACGCCGUGUUGAAUGCUCUGCAUGCUUCUUGGGCUUCGCAGCUUGGCAUUUCGAGCGGAAUGGCGAAGCCGACAUGGGCACAGGCAGUGACCGUGCUCCAGAACAUGCAUUGGGAAAGGCUGCUGUUGAAUGGAGUCCAUGCUGGCCUGUGCAUUGACAUUGCGCAGAAGGAAUUCGACAUGAUCACCGCCCGGGCUCUUGGCCGAAAGUUUCUCCUGGACUGGGGCCAGGGGGCGGCGCAGGCCGCGUCAGCACAUCUUCCUCGAGACGAUGUGAUCCUCUCAGCUCCAGGAGUUGUGGCCGUGUCCAAGCCGCCUGGUGUUGCAAGCCAAGAUCUGCUUGCCGAGCUGGAAGAGCUCAGCAUGCAGAAGCUAACCACCGUGUCACGUCUGGACCUUCCCACAUCGGGCGUCCUGGUAGCUGCAGUCGGGGACGAACAGUCUGCUGCUGCUAAAUGGUUGCAGGCCCAGUACUCCGGUCGGCUGGUCUCAAAGGAGUACCUUUGUCUUUGCCACACGCAACUUGCACCUCCAGCUCCCGAGUUUGAAGUGUCCACUCCCCUUCGCGUGGUGACGAUGGGACCGAUGGAUGAUGAGAAGACCCGAGCAUUCGUGGAUGCUGGUGGAAGAGAAGCAUACACGCGGUGUGAAGCCAUCGCAGUACAGGAGCUACCUGCGUCAGCUGGCGAAUCUCGCUUGGCUCUACUUCGUGUCUUCCCACGCACAGGCAGAACGCACCAAAUCCGCGCGCACUUGGCGAGCAUCGGACUACCUCUAUUUGGGGACACCAUCUAUGGCAAGUUCAUUACACAGGACCUUGCAAACCUUGUGCCUGACCUCCGAGACUAUGCCGACAGACUGUUCUUGCAUUGCCGACAGCAAAAACUUCUCGCGUUGGAUGGCGAGCAGCUGAUCUUAGAGGCGCCCAUGCCUGAGGAUCUGAAGGCGAUCCUUCGAAUCUUGGAGCCUGAAGUUGACUGGCGGGGAUGGGGAGUGGAGGGAGCAGAGCUCAUUCCACGCAGGUAUUACCCCAUCGAGGAGAAGGCCGAAGACAGUGCGACGGGAGUGGAUAUCCACGAGGAUGACAGGGCCAGGCUUGAGGAGGGGGCCGCCAUUGCCGCGGCCAGGCAAGAAGAGCUGCACGCUCAAGGGGUCGUUAUGGCAGUUCCUCCCCCUCCGACAGGAGAGUUUACAGGGUUUUCUUAUGCAGCAGCUUCGUUUGCUGCAGGCCAGACAUUAAAGCCAGACACAAACUCAAACUCCUGGAAGGCAAACAUGCCUUGCGCAGGUCAGAACGCUAUAGUCACCCGAUCCAGUGGAGAGGAGUCAGGGUGCUACAUCUUGGAGGUUUUCCUCACAGCCCUUGGGCCUCUCUACACUGUUUAUUUGGGCCAAGCAGAAGAUGGAACUUAUAUAACCAAAAAUUGUCAGGAGGCGGACCUCCGGCCGUACCCUGCUUCAUGA